AUGAAGCAGUCGGACAAGCCCCCUGCCAAGUCCGAGGCCCUGCCUGACGAUGAGCCCAGGAAGGAACACAGAGACCCCGAGCCGGAGGUCGCCCACGGCCCACGCACAGAAUUCCCUGAGCUGCGGUCCAUCAUUUGCUGCAUCCUCGGCCAUGUCGACACGGGCAAGACCACCCUGCUGGACAGGCUGCGCAACACCAGCGUGCAGGAGAACGAGGCGGGCGGAAUCACCCAGCAGAUCGGGGCGACUUUCUUCCCACCAACCAAGCUCACCGAAGAAAUCUCUAAGUGCAGCUAGUUCCUGACGGUCAAGGAGAUGCCGGAGGGGCUGCUGGUGAUCGACACGCCGGGCCAUGAGAGCUUCGCGAACCUGCGCUCGCGAGGCAAUUCGCUCUGCGACCUAGCGAUCCUAUUGAUCGACCUGAUGCACGGACUCGAGAAGCAGACCCUCGAGUCGAUGGAGUUGCUGGCCUCGCGCGGCACGCCCUUCGUAGUGGCGCUGAACAAGAUCGACCGCAACUACGAGUGGAAGCCCCAAAAAAUGGCAUCUUCGAAGCUCAGCCUGCAGGGUCAGAGCGAGGCCUCCCGCGAGGACUUCUAUCACCGGCUGGGCGGAGUCGAGCUGGAGCUGAAGGCCAGGGGCUACAACCCGGCGCUCUACUGGAAGGCCGAGGAGGGCGACCUGCCACUGGUGCCCACCUCGGGGAUCACCGGAGAGGGCAUUCCGGACCUGCUGGCCCUGAUCGUCCAGAAGUGCACGACCGGGGCCCUGCGCAAGAAGAUCCGCUUCCGCAAGAAGGGGUUCAAGUGUACCGUCAUGGAAAAGAAGAUGGUCGAGGGCCACGGCACUACUCUCGACUGCCUGCUGGUCGACGGAGCCAUCCGCCGCAACGAUAACAUCGUCCUGCUCGGCUUCGGGGGCGCCAUCCGCACCAAGGUCAAGGCCCUGCUCACGCCCCACCCCAUGAAGGAGAUGCGCGUCAAGGGCGAGUUCCAGAUGCAUGAGGAGGUCUGGGGCGCAAACGGAGUCAAGAUCGGUGGCAAGGACCUGGAGGAUGCGGUCGUGGGCACCCCUCUGUUCGUCGUGAACAGCGAGGAGGAGGAGGCGGAGGCGGCCGCCCUCUGCGAGGCAGAACUAGCCAAUAUCAAGCAGAAGAUCCAGCUCAGCGCCCAAGGCGUGGGGCUUGCGGCCUCGACACUGGGGUCGAUGGAGGCCCUGCUCGAGUACAUGAAGAGCAUGAAGAUCCCGGUGAGCUACAUGACGGUGGGCCCGGUGACGAAGGAGGACGUGAUGCUGGCGAUGAAAAGCGUGCUGCUGGAGGACGAGGCCACCCGGAAGGAGGAGUUCGCAUGCAUGCUGGUGUUCGACAUAAAGGUGCUGCCCGAGGCGCAGAAGUACGCAGAGGAAAACCACAUCCGCAUUUUCAAUGCUAACAUCAUCUACCACCUCACUGACCAGUUCAACAACUUCGUCAAGGAAAUCAAGGACCGUCGCAAGAAGGAGCACAGCCACCACGCACUUCCUGUGCUUCUGCGCCCCGUCGACGUCUUCCGCAGGGAGGACCCUAUCAUCAUGGGAGUUGACGUGCUCGACGGGCAGCUUCGGGUCGGCACCAAGCUGUCCACCUACGGCAAGUAGAAGGAACGCGUGGAUGUGGGCGUGGUCGAAUCCAUCGAGGCGAACCACAAACCUCUGCAGGCCGCUCGCAAGGAGCACGGCUCGGUGGCGAUCAAAAUCGCCUCGAAGCUGCAGGCGGGCCGCGACUUCCCGCGAGACGCGCAGCUGUGCAGCAAGAUCUCGCGGGCGAGCACCGGGACGAGAUGGCGCAGAGCGACUGGGCCCUCGUCCUCAGCCUCAAGAAACACUUCCACAUUGAAUGAAAUCUGCCUUGUUGAUGGCAACAUAUCUAUAAUGCUUCUCUCGCUGCUCGCAGUGGCCACUUCCCUCGACUGCGAAGUGCUCAGGGACUCGCUCGCCCUUCCCCUUCGCGACGAGGUCUUCUUUCUGCCCCUCGCGGACCUGCUGGUUCUGCCCAGCCCCAAGGUGGCCUCCAAUGCCUCCACAGAUUUCGUGAGGCCAGUUCAAACUCUGACCCCGCUUGCCGACACAACCUAUGCCCAGGCUGAUCUCCAGGCCAUCAGCUUUCUGAAAGAGCUGUCCCCCACGAACAGCGAGGCCUCGCUGUCCCGAGCCGACAACUUCCCGGCGAUCGUGGACUUCGAUGUGGCAGGGCCUCAUGUGCUCACCAUCGAAUUCAACCAGAUCCAGCUCUACGAUUACAACGGGACUGACUGGCACAUCAAGGCCGUCCUGCCUGAGAUCGGGGUGGUGGUCGCGGACGACGACCUGGCCCUCGUCAGCCCUCGCUUCCUGCAGUUCCAGACCAAAGGCAAGCUAUACCUGUACAGCUUAGAGGGCCAGCUGCUUUCCGUCGUGACCGACUUUAAGUUCGUGCACCUGGCUCAGCCCUUCGACCGACUGUAUACGCUGACCGACACUGGCAGCCAGAUGUUCAAGGAAAGCUGUCAGGCAGUGGUCGAAGUGGCCGAGCCUGACGGAGACAAGCCUUUUUGGCUUAUGCCCGAGAGCCAGAACCUCACGCUAGGCGACUCCUCGAUCCUGGCCCUGGAUGACUACGUGCUGGGCCCGCUGGUGAACCUGACCGUUUCUGGCCCCAACAUCACAUCAAGCGCGCACUCGGCUGACCCCUUCAAUGUCGGAGGGGCGAUCGUGGCCUCGCCCUCCGCCCUCCGUCACUUCGUGGGCCGCAGUGGUUUAUUCCAUCGCGUCAGCUACAACUCGACGGUGCUGCAGGUGGACCAGUGCUACAAGUCGUUAGGCCAGUGCGACUCCAGCAAGCAGCUCAAACUCGAGAACGAGAUCGGGACGAUGACCCUCGACCCCGAGAGCAUGCUGAUGGCCUACACCUACAAGCAGGAUGCCUCCACCGUCCACUUCUACAACUUCAAGACCUCCUCCAACACCAACGUCACUCUCUCGCAGAAGGCCACGGACCUCACGUGGGCCAGCCAGGGCCAGCGCUAUCUGGUGGCAAUGCUGCCCUCGGUCGUGACCCUGCAGGUAAUGACCGUGAUGAUGGACGGCGACGACAUAACCGUGACCAACCGCUACUCCAUGGACGCCAGCUUCCCCUUCGCCAGCAAGAUCGAGCAGUUCAGUCCUCGGUCGUGCAAGUACAACCCCUAA